AGGCGCUUUAUUGUGAUUUUUUUUAGAGGGGGUUUACUUCCGCAUUGGUUAUGAUAUAUACAAAAUAAUCCAGGAUUUCAUCCAGUGGGACUUUUUAUGAAUAAGGCAUGAAGGCCCUUCCACCAGACACUGUGCGACUGCUGUCCAGCUCGCAGGUGAUCACGUCAGUUGUUAACGUCGUUAAGGAGCUGAUUGAGAACUCGCUUGAUGCUGGAUCCUCAAACCUAGAAAUCAAAUUGGAGAAUUAUGGUUUGGAUCGCAUUGAGGUGCGAGACAAUGGCUCUGGAAUCAAAGCUGCUGAUGCUCCUGUGAUGGCAAUAAAACAUUACACGUCUAAAAUCUCCUGCCACGACGAUCUAGAGCGUCUCGAGACAUACGGCUUUAGAGGAGAAGCUCUCGGAUCCAUAUGCACUGUUUCUGAGGUCAUUAUCACCACUAAAACAGCUGACGAUGAAGUCAGCACUCAGUACACACUCGACUUCCAGGGGUGUGUGGUCUCGCAGCGGCCCUCGCACCUUGGCCAAGGUACCACUGUGUGUGCACUGAAACUAUUCAAGAAUCUCCCUGUCAGGAGACAAUAUUACUCCAACAGCAAGAAGUGCAAAGACGAGCUGAAGAAGGUGCAAGAUCUGAUCAUGGCUUUUGCCAUCAUCAAGCCUGAGCUGAGGAUUGUGCUCACACACAAUAAGGCCGUGGUGUGGCAGAAGUCCAAGGUAUCAGAUCACGGUGCGGCUCUCAUGGCCGUGCUUGGAUCCUCCAUCGCCACCAACCUGUUACCCAUCCAACAUCACCACGAGCAAGCAGAGAUCACCAUCGAGGGUUACCUUCCUAAGCCGAACUCCGAUCUCAGCGUAACAAGUUCCAGUACCUUAGACAAGACGUUUAUUUAUGUGAACAAUCGGCCUGUGAAUCACAAAGAUAUCCUGAAGCUUGUGAAGCAGUAUUAUGCUAGUUCAGCUCAUUCAAAUAAUGAAUCAGCCAGCCGCCGCUUCCCUAUCUUGAUGCUGAACAUCACCGUCCCUGCCUCAACCGUGGAUGUUAAUCUGACACCUGACAAAUUGCAAGUGAUGCUACAGAAUAAGGAUGCUGUGCUUUUAGCAGUGGAAUCUGUUCUGAUCUCAUUGUAUGGUUCUUAUUCUGUUGGGAACGACAACCUUGCGAUGACAGCAGAGUCUCAUUCUGUGGUGGAAACUGGGAAGGAACCCAGUGAAGUGCCAAUGAAGCCUAGUGUGGUUGCUCCACCUGUGGUGCUAGAUAAUUCCACCACAAACACCAAAGAAAAGGACAGUGAGACGUCCUUACCAGGUACUGCUAACACAAGCUCAUCUUCCUCAUCAGAAGACUGGAUAAUCAACACAAGCUUGAGUGAUUCAUCGUUUGCUGAGAAUUCUACAGUCGGCCAAGAUGACAAACAUAAGAGCUGUCUUGUCCAAGUGGACAAGGAGAUCUCGGCAGAGAGUUGGACCAUGGGUAAGGCUUUCACAGAUCCCACCACUGGAGAAUGUCUCGAACCAGUGAAGCUUCAUCAACCAGAAGCUCAAAACAAUAGUGACCUUGAAUCGGAAACCAAAACUAAAAGUACAGGUAGCAGCCCAUGCGCCAGACCCACAAACGUCAUUGUGGAGAAAAUGGCCAAAUUAACGGCCUAUGACCUGAUCAGCAACCGUUCUGUGCGUCAGCCGCUUUCUGCCUUUGCUCUGUUUGAGCAGGACACCAGAUCAUCUGUCCUGCUAGAGAAGCCACGAGCCAGUCUGCAGGAUGUCACUACUGCUGUAAAAGAGAGAUGGGAAAGCCUCAGGGAGGAAGAAAGAAAGAAGUACGAGGAAAAGGCCCAAAAGUCUCUGGAGUAUUAUAACGAGCAGAAGCGUGCAUCAGCUGGCAUCACUCCUGACCGGCAGUAUCAGAAAUCCGAUUUCUUUCUGAACAGACCCCAGGGCAUAAAACGCAAAGCCCCUGAGUCCAAUCAGCAAACCCUGGACAAACUGUUCACCGCUCAGUCUGAGAGCAAGAAGAAAGCUACCAAGGUGUCCAAGCCUCUCCAGUUCAGCAUAGCCACUCUCAGGCAAGCGCUUCAGCAUGAGCAUUGCUCCCGCUCGAGUGAGCAGGGUCUCCGGCUUGUAAAGCGCUUGCCUUCUCACUGCGCCUGGAUCGUUUUAUAUGGCAGAAAGCUCAUGUUGUUAAAUCCAUUUAGGGUGGAGGAAGCCCUGCUGUUUAAGAGACUUCUGGAGAAUAAUAUACUUCCAGCAGCGAGCCUGCAGCCCCCCAUACAGCUAACAGAUGGGGUUCUUGGUGGUCCUGAAUACAUGGACGUUCUUCUGAAAAUGGAGAAAGGUAGUCCAUUGUUAACCGGUGAAGUCCUCUUUACUGACGCCAGGCUGGUGGCCAAUGGGUUUCAGAUCAGACUUACUCCAGGUUCCUCGUCCAUGGGGACGAGUGUUGAAGUGAUGGCGAUGGCUGACUGCAUGCCUUUCUACGGCAUUACUGACCUGAGGGAGAUCCUCACAGCCAUGAAGGACAGGAACGCCCAGACACUUCAGCAGUGCAGACCGCUCAAAGUCACACACUACCUGGAGGGCGAAGCUGUGAGGAUGACCAGACAGCUGCCUCUGAACAUGUCCAGAGACGAUGUCACAAAUAUACUGUCUCGAAUGACAAAAGAGUUUGAAGGGAAGCGUGAAGUCUGUCUUCAUGGACGGCCCUUUUUUCACCACCUCACUGAUGUUCCUGAAACUGAUCAGGAAGCUCUUGACAUCUUGUCUCACACUUGCUGAGUAUUUCAAAGAUUUUUGAGUGAACAUUUGUUCAGCCACAGCAGGACGUUCUCUGAAUGUUUUGAAUGUAAAUGUGUAUUAUUUUUUUCAGUAUCAUGUUUUGUAAUACAGUUGUUUUACUAAUGAUACUGUCACUGUGGUGUUAAAUAAUUAAACUGUAUGUUUAUUUUUAAAAAUGAAGUGCCUGAAGAGAAUAAUAAAUAUUAGUAUUUUCA